AUUUAAAUUGAUUCAUCAUGAAUUAUAAAGAUGUAGACCCUGAAGGAAGUGUAUGUUCUUAACCCACUGCAAGCUAAACAGGGGAAAACUUUCACUCAAGAAAAGUUACUUUUGCCAGAUCAAAGCAUUAUGGUAAAUGCCCUAAUUGUGAAUAAUUGGACUUAUAAUUAAAAAAGACAUCAGAGCAGAUUUAAAAUAUAGAAGAAUUACUCAUUAGUUUUUAAUAAUAAAUCGAAGAGCAGAACUUAUAGAAUAAAAAGCAAAUUUAAAAAUAUGAGGAGUUGCUUAUAGAAAUGCAAAUAAUAAGCGAAAAACAUCAUUAAGAAUUAAUUAAUAAUGGAAUUUUAUAAAAACAAAAUAUUAUCUUUAGAAAGGAAAUCUUGAAAUUAGAGUAAGAAUUAUCUGAAAUUCAAUCCAAAAAUUAAGAACCGUAUAUCUAAAUUAUAUUAUAAUAGCUCUAAAAGAACCUCAGAGUAGAAGUUCAUUGAAUCUUUAAUCUAAAUGUUUAUGAGCUUUCAUUCCAAAGCUUAAUCCCAAGCAACACCAUAACUGAAAUAAGUUUGGAAAUGGCUAAAAUAGAUUGUUUCAGAGUAUGCAAUUCUCAAAUAAAAAGAAUUUUAACUUCAUAAAUGA